UCUACAUUUCCCCCUCCCCCCCAAAAAAAAAUCCAGACAGAGAUCCACACACUAGGAUAUGCGAGUGCGCGCAGGCGGGUUUGGCAGUGUGUCUUGCGGUCGGGUACAGGGGCUUGAGGGGCUAGAAGAAGGGAGGCGCGGAGACUGGGGAUGGGUCUGACCCUUCUUCCCGCAGCAUAAACGCUCCUCACCCCCACCCCCACCCCGCCUCCCGCGCCCCUCCCCCUCUGGAGCUCCGCCCCCCUCCCUUCCGAACCCCCGAGGGCGGCUCGAGCCCCCAGCUUGCUCGGUCAGCCUGAGUCAGUCAGUCAGUCAGGACGCGCGGGGCGGGGCUGAGGCCGAGGCCGGGUCGGGCUGCUGAGGAGGGAGGGGAGGAGCUGCCGCCUCCGCGGCCAAGGGGAAGGAGCAUGUCUGCAACUAGAGCCAAGAAAGUGAAGAUGGCCACCAAAUCCUGCCCAGAAUGUGAUCAACAGGUUCCUGUAGCAUGUAAAUCAUGCCCCUGUGGUUAUAUUUUUAUUAGUAGAAAGCUUUUAAAUGCAAAACACUCAGAGAAAUCACCAUCUUCUGCAGAAAAUAAGCAUGAUGCCAAGAGAAGACGAACAGAGAGAGUUAGGAGAGAGAAGAUUAAUUCUACAGUAAAUAAAGACUUAGAAAAUAGAAAGAGGUCUCGAAGUAGCAGCCAAUCAGAUCAUAUCAGACGAGGAAGAGGAAGACCUAAAAGUGCAUCUGCCAAAAAACACGAAGAAGAAAGAGAGAGACAGGAAAAGGAAGUUGACAUCUAUGCUAACCUUUCUGAUGAAAAGGCUUUCGUAUUUUCAGUCGCCUUGGCAGAAAUAAAUAGAAAAAUUAUCAAUCAAAGACUUAUUCUCUAAUACUUGUCUGCAGAACUUCUGGAACUUUCUUCAGGAUUACAUCGACAGAAUUUCAAAUUCUUAAGGACUCUCAGGAGUACUCUGCCUGCAGCUACAAGGGCCAUUGAUUCUUUCAUUUCCCUUUCCCCCUCCCCUUUUAUCCUUUACAUCAUUUAGCCUGUGCAACACUUUUGGACAGAGUUGUAGACUUGGACUUUUCUAUGUCUCUCUUGUUUACCAAGAAACAGUGUCAGUGUUUCAUUCACGUCUGGAAUAUGUGACUACAUUUGGCCUUUUGAAAAUAUAUGCUGGAUGAAUGCAAAGGGGGGAGAAAAGUGGGGGAAAAGCAGGAAAAUAAAAUGCUUGAUAGCAUUUAGAUUUGCCACCAAAAUAUUUUAAAUUUUUUCAGAGUGAUUUUGCUUUUUAAAAUAUAUUUCAAAUUUUUCAGCUCUUUAACAGUUUACAUAUGUACAGUUCAUCUAACCUUUAUUAAUAAACUGGUAAUCGUUAUUUUAUUGAACUGAGUAUUAAGAGAAUAUAUAAUGUAAUUUUUCUCUUAAAUUAAGGUUUGUUCUUGGUCUUUUAUUUUUAUGGUUGAAGGUCUAGAGUCUAGUUUGUAUCCUGGUGAUGCUUCUAGGCAGCUAGUUGAUAAGUUGGGUGAUACUUGAAGAUAAAUAUUAAGGAUAUGUUAUACAAUUCAGAAAUAUCACCAUGUCCUUUUGAAUAUGAUUUCUUGGUUGAACAAAAGUUUUUUUUUUUUUUUUCUGCUCAAGUUGGUGCCUGUUAACCUAAAUAUAAAUUAUAUUUAUUAUAGGCAAAAUGUUUCAUGGUUACUCAUUUUUAAACAGUAAUGUUUUAUCUGGAUGGAUUUAUAUCAAAUAUCUUCAAAAUGAUUAAAAUGUAACAACCUCAUUCUCUGGAAAUAAAAACUCUUAAGGUAAAACUAAGAACAUAGUUUUAAUAAUAUUGGUCAGCCCUUUGUUCUAGUGAAGAUUGUCAUAUGUAUUUUCAUUUCUUACAUUUUUGCAAUGUGUGAAAUGUUAAAUUGUUAUAGCUUAUCUAUUUUGCACUAAAUGCUAUUAAAUUCUUUACUCAUAAACUUAAUGAUUUAACAUA